UUUUGCUCAAUGAACAGUUAUGUGCAAGCUUGUGAAACAAUUGAAUAAUCACAAGUGAAAUAAUUGAAUAAUCUAAUAAUAUACUGCACGGCGUCACCGGAGACAGUUCUUGACGUCUCGGAGACGUCAAAGUCUACAAUGGUACAUGAAAUGAAUGACGUCUACACGAAAUGAAUAGUCUACAUGAAUCUUAAUAAUACUUCGAUCCAGAUUACGCGCAUGUACUUUGACGUAUCGUGAAAAUCUACGGCCUUUUUCGAUAAGAUUAUCAAAGUUGACAGUGAUUUAACGUGACACAAAUCUCGAGAGCAAUUGUUAAAAUGAUGUUUGCUCUCGCGCUUGUUUGCGUUAUUUGUUCUUAGCUCUUUUUAGCUCGAAGAUAUCGUGCGCUAAAUACCAACGACGUCGAGACAAUAAUAAUAAAGGUCCGCAAAAAGCGACACGUUGAACAAUGUGUUUCAACGUAGAGAAGUCACGAGGAUAUUUUGAUUAAAGUAAAUCCGCUCGUCUCGCGGUUUAUUGGAGAAACAUGAAGAGCCCUUAAACUCAGGAUUAAAGUACAUUUCCAGAUAUAUUUGGAUUGUCAAACUUUUAACGGUGGACGGUGUCAUCUCGAAUUCGAUACGUUCUAUUUCAGAGAUACGCCGAUCGCAAAUCGUCGCAUUUCGAUGCUAAACGCCGUGCUGACAAGCUUGUCAUCGAAUACGGAUCGAUUAGUAAACACCGAAUUGUCUCGACAAUCGUGUUUCUCGGCUCGUGUCGUGGGACAUGUCGGUUAUCGAAUCGCUGCUGAAUCCUCCUCUUCGCAAAGCCUCGGACAAUGUCUGCCGGUUUUGCCAGAAAACAUUCUGCUGCACGAAAUGCCGCAAUCGCCACGUCGGCAAGGUGCACCCGAAUCUGAACGCGGACUGUGCCCUGUGCGCCUCGAAGACGCUACCGAUGAGACAGUUCGAGGCUGAGAAGUUGCUGUGGGAGAAUAAGAAACUAUUGUCUCACAUUGCGGACAGGCAUCUGCCGUUGCGUUGUGUCCUGUGCGAAAAUCUGUUCGAGACCAGCGAGGAUCUCAAGUCCGUCGGUGCGUGCAAGUGGCACUCCGAGCAUCGUCGGGCGCUGACAAACGAGAAGUUGCUGUGGACACCUACGCCAACGAACUUCGAGGCGAAGCUGAGGCGUAUCGUGAGCGACAUCAAGUACAACAACAGCCACAGGUCGUUCGCGCAGCUCGAGAUCUACCGCAACACCAGCACACCGAUGUUCGUCAGCCAGAAGAACGGCUUCGAGUACUACACGCCGUGCGCGCCGAAUUUCAGCCUGAAGACGCCGAAUUCGCUGUCGAUCGCGCAGAGCAACGCGACCUCGAAGAUUCAACGGUCGCAGACCAGCAACGGCGACAUCAAGUUUUUCAGCUUCUCCCCGAGCGCAGUGGGAGACGAAGGGAGGACGCCCUUCAGGAGCAGCGUUGACGAGCAGUUCCCCCGAAAUAAUACCGGCCGGAAGCUGAACAUCAAGGAGUCAAACGAGAUCGUGUCCGACGACGAAGCCAAGGGGGUGGCUUCUUCGUACGACGAUUACACCACAUCUCCCGUGGACAUGAAUCUGACGGACGUCCAGUGCAAUCAGGAACGUACGCCGAAGCAGAACGUCGGGAGCCACGAGGAGUCGGGCAGAGUGUCGGACGUGGUGAAGAGAGUGAGGUUCUCCGAUCAGUACGAAACUCUGCCGCCGGAAUUCGGCCAUCCGGUGAAGAAUAGCUUGAAUACGACGGAGGACGAGGAUGUGUUUCACGACGCCCACGAUGUAUCGGGCGUAAAGGACACGAACACGCGGGAUACAGGGAACGCGAAGGACGUGAACGUCACGAGCGACACGAAGAGCAGCACAGAGGAUACGGAAGAGAAGGAGAAGAAAGAUAUUAAAGAAAAGGAUACGAAGGAGGAGAGGAAGGAGAACGUGGAGGAUGUGAAGGAUACGAGAGAUGAUCAAGUCGAUAAUAAAGAACGCUCCUUGGUACAGUCCUCGAAAGACUCCUCGAACAACACGCAGGUCGACAUCUCCCAGGAAAACAAGCAGAACGCGGAGAAGGAGAAUCAGGCUGUCGAAGCGUUGCCCAACCUUGGCGUAUCGACCAUGACGCAGAAAGGUAACUCCAGGGUGCUGAUGAUGGUGCUGGUGGAAAACAACUCGAACAGCCCCGAUCUGAUGCCUCUGAUCAAUUCUGGUCUGAAAAAAUUAGAGGAGCAGAUCGCAUCGCCAUCUCCGAGUACGUCUGAGUUGCCGAAUGUUGCCGACACGACCGGCUACACCAGGAGGUCCACCACGAAAAUGGAGAUGAGUGUUUUCAGCGUCGAGAGUUACUCUAACGAUAAUAACGCGGAGAUGAUGGCGGAUCAUCCGCAAGUGGAGCCAACUUUCCCCGUGUCGUCCGUAGAAGAUCAAAGAAGUGGCAACGGCGGAAUCCUGUCGGUCCUUACGCAAGCUGUGAGAUUAGCCUUCCGAAACUUGUCCGGUGUAACUUCCAGCAGUACCGAAAACUCUGAAGCGCUUCGACAACGACAAAUCAUCGAGGAUGCGAUAUCCUUGCCAGAAACAGGUACCCAGUGUAGUCUCGGUAACAACACUGAGAUCCGUUAUGGCAAACGGACUCGCGACGUUAACGAGGCAUCUUCAUGGGUGGGUUCUGUUUCUCUUCCGGACAUCAGAAGCCCCUUGCCAAAGCGCAAAAGAGGAUGGUACAAGAUCAAGGGACGACGACCGAUCCACAGCGCUGACCGAGUAACGUCACCUAGAGGAGUCUCCUCGGAAACUCAAAUCUUCAGUCAAGGAUCAUUGACAGUGGGUGACACGAUCCUGCCGCUUCCUGCCAGAGCUCAUCCAGAAGCUUCACUCACACCGCCUGAAUAACGAUUCUUUUUCCUUUUCCUUUUUUUAUAUUUAAAGAAUAAAAAUAAGAAUUAUUGUAUGAAAAACAACAGAAUUUUCAAU